UAUACAUACGCCGCGCGCCUUCCCUCACAUUUACAACAUGGCGCCACUGUUGGUGUCGCUGAAAUGCGGCUUACAUGUUCACAGGAGAAAACUGGCAAUUGUUCUUCAAAAGACGAGCUCGUAUCACGUUUGGAGUAAAAGUCAGGGUGAAAAUGGGGCUAAGCACACGCGCCAAAGUUCUUAUCUGCUGUGUAGCCUGCCAUACUCACGGACAAGCACAUGGAAUACUAAGACAAUCGAAAGCAGUCGGCACAUUUUGGAGGCAGCAAAAAAUUUGCAGGUGACAGACAAACGAACGUGUUGGCACGGGAAUGCGGGAGGAAAUCUUUCUGCAGACCCCAAAAAUGUGCUUAAAGAAGUGAACACGGCUUCGAUCCUGUCUGCCAUGAUUGCUUACGUGUGGCCAAAGGACAGACCUGACCUACGUGCCCGUGUUGCCAUCUCUCUAGGCCUGUUAGCUGCAGCCAAGAUCACCAAUGUGACAGUGCCCUUCAUGUUUAAGUAUGCAGUGGACGAGCUUAACCAGAUGUCGGGACACAUGCUGAACCUGAACGAUGCGGCAAGCACUGUGGCUACCAUGGCAACGGCCAUGCUGAUUGGCUAUGGUUUGUCAAGGGCCUGUGCAGCUUUCUUCAACGAGAUGCGGAACAUGGUGUUCGGCAAGGUGGCCCAGAGCUCUAUCCGUCGUAUCGCCAAGAACGUCUUUCUCCACUUGCACAAUCUGGAUCUGGGCUUCCAUCUUAGCCGCCAGACGGGAGCACUAUCCAAGGCCAUCGACCGUGGCACCCGAGGCAUCUCAUUUGUCCUCAGUGCCCUCAUCUUCAAUCUGGGCCCCACGUUCUUUGAGAUGGGACUUGUUAGUGCUAUUCUGUUCUACAGGUUUGGCGGAGAAUUUACAGCCAUGGCCUUGGGUACAUUGGGUACAUACACAGCUUUCACCAUUCUCAUGACACAGUGGAGGACUCGUUUCCGCAUAGAAAUGAACAAAGCAGACAACGAAGCAGGCAAUGCAGCUAUUGACUCUCUCCUUAAUUACGAGACUGUUAAGUACUUCAACAACGAGAACUAUGAAGCCGAAAGGUAUGAUGGAUUUCUGAAAAGCUACGAGUCAUCCUCAUUAAAAACCACGUCCACACUUGCAAUGCUCAACUUUGGCCAGAGCGCCAUCUUUAGUGUCGGUCUCACCGGAAUCAUGGUGCUGGCUAGCAAGGGCAUUGCAGCAGGUACAAUGACGGUGGGUGACCUGGUGAUGGUGAAUGGCCUGCUCUUCCAGCUCUCUCUUCCUCUCAACUUUCUGGGCACAGUGUACAGAGAGACCCGGCAGGCCCUUAUAGACAUGAACACGCUUUUCACGCUGCUCAGUAUUGACACCAAGAUCAAGGAGAAGGAUCUGGCCCCACCUUUAAGCGUCACACCACUGGAGUCCACCAUUCGCUUUGAAGAUGUAUAUUUUGAGUACCUUGAAGGUCAGAAAGUCCUCAAUGGGGUGACUUUUGAGGUGCCUGCUGGGAAGAAGGUGGCUAUAGUCGGUGGCAGUGGCUCUGGGAAGAGCACAAUUGUGCGGCUGCUGUUCCGCUUCUAUGAGCCCCAGCGGGGAAACAUCUACAUUGGUGGGCAGAACAUCAGAGACGUCAGCCUUGAGAGCUUGAGGAAGGCUUUGGGGGUCGUACCACAGGAUGCCGUUCUGUUCCACAAUACCAUCUUCUACAACUUGCAGUAUGGGAACAUCAACGCGACACCGGAAGAUGUUUACCGUGUAGCUCGUCUUGCAGGCAUCCAUGACGCCAUCCUCAGGAUGCCACAUGGUUAUGACACUCAAGUCGGAGAGCGAGGACUCAAGCUGUCAGGCGGGGAAAAGCAGCGUGUCGCCAUUGCCCGUGCAAUACUGAAGAAUACACCCAUUCUCCUGUAUGAUGAGGCCACAUCAUCUCUGGACUCCAUCACAGAAGAGAACAUCUUGAGUGCAAUGAAGGAGAUGGUGAAAGACAGGACGUCAGUGUUCAUCGCUCACAGGCUUUCCACUGUUGUAGACGCCGAUGAGAUCAUUGUGCUUAGUGAGGGUAAAGUGAAAGAACGCGGCAACCACGAAACGCUCCUCAGCACGGCGGGCAGCUUGUACGCCGACCUGUGGAACACCCAGAACAGCAAAAUCCUGAGCGGCAACAAGAUGCCCAGUACGCCGCCGCCCGAGCGCCUUUCCCAGAAGGAGGAGGAGAGGAAGAAACUGCAGGAGGAGAUCCUCAACAGUGUGAAAGGCUGUGGGAACUGCUCCUGCUGAGGAAAGCUGUCAUCUCCAAGUCGCAUCACCGUCCCAACACAGAUGGCCCAGGCUGGGGUCCCCAGUCUGCGUGGUAUUUGAGAAGGAGAAAGUGGGGGGAUGCGGCCCCAGUAUGCAUCCAUGCCAAGCCUUGUAGUGCGGCCAUGCUUCCUUUUCCUCCCGCUUCUUCUUCUCAUCUGAAUAGAAGCUCUCACUGGCCAAGUUGAGGAGCUGUACAGACACUGGAUUGCGUCCAGAGCUAUAUGUCACUUUCCUCAGAUUGUAGCCAAGAAGAAGAGACCUUGUGUAUCACAUACGUGCAUGCUAGACAUCUGCUCAACAACAUGGUCACAUCCACUUCCUUAUCUCUGUUUUCAAUCUAUGGGUUAUUGACGUCCUUCGUCUCACAGAAAACAGCACAUGUAUUGAUGUGCAUAUGAUUUCAUACUGGCACACUUGGGAUGGCUUGAUUUCAGAGAUUAUUUUUUAGAUUAAUUUAACUCGAUUAUUUUAUAACAAGGGUGUCUGAAUAUAUAUUUAUACGUGUUGAAAAUUCAGACCUGUCUCUUCAAAUGUGGUUUUGUAUUUAUGCAGUUAUUUCUCAAAUGUCACAGACUCGAGUGAAAUUUCAAAUAAUUCCAAUUGUCCCUAUUAAUGCAUCAACUACAGGUGAAUGCAUACAAAACUAUCUCCCGAGCGAAUUAACAGAAUGUCACAGAUGCAUCGGUGUAAAAAUAACACUGCAGGAACGACGAGGAGCGUCUAAUGAAUGAUGAAUGGUUUUCACCACAGUGUGAGCCAACGUUACGAGACCUCCUCUGGGAACAUUUUGCAGUAAUGUCGCCAUGCCUUGAUGCAGCUAUUUUGACGAGAGCCUUCUUUGUCAUUUUAACUGCAGCUAAUUAGGCGAAUUGAUCAGAAAGCAUUGAAAGUUUUGCGUCAAUAUUAUUAUUUAAAUAACUGACAUGUAUGUCCUCAUUUUCCGAGGGCUGUUUUGUUUGUGAUACGCACAUUUUGCUCGAAUCCCUGAUGGUAUUGUUUCUAUUAAUAAAAUGAAAAGAUUUUCUUCUAUCAA